AUGCCUCCACUGCCUUUUGAAAAGGCAAUUUUACGACGAAUAGUACCAUCGUGGAACGAAACUCUACACUUUUUACUAUCUAAAAAGAUAAUAGAAAAGGAUUCCAUAGCACACAUCAGGGAUGAAGUGCUGAAGACAAGAGAUUUUGGCAACACGCAGUUCGGUCUAACAAAUGGGCUCCUGGUCAUCUCAGUUGGCUGCGAUCUCAAUAGACUGCUCUUCUAUCUGCUUCUUUACACGGUCAAUCCGCUGCACGUGUAUGAUUCCACCUUUUAUCCCCCAAAAGACUGCAACGGUAAAGUUGAUGUUGACGCACUGAAUGACUGUCCACCCCUCGGCGUGCAUAAUGUGGACUAUAGCAUACGUUCAAAUGAGGUGUAUAGGCGGAUAUUCGAUCUAGGGCAAGAUGGCAGAGGAUCUCAUGCCAGAAUUUGGCAAAAAUCUCAGCUGUUCAAAGACGUCAACAUCCAAGGAGCGCUCAAGAUGCGCAAUCGUCUGAUAUUCGUCUUGGGUUAUGAGCUUGGAGAAUACGUUUCUGUUGCAACUGGAUUCGCCCAUACAAUAAAGAGAAUAUGUCGCAAACCCGGAUCCUAUCCUGAGGUGGAAUCCGUCAAGAUUCCCAUGGUUGAGUUCCUGGAUGGCAAUAGCAUGUCUACGUUUAGAGAACGGCUGUAUCUCAACGGUGGAAUAUUUUGUCUUCCUAGUAGGAUCUUGUUGGCUGAUAUACUAACCACAAAGAUUAUCCCAGAAUUAAUCGGUGGCAUUAUAAUUAUGAAUGCUCACAGGAUAAUAGACGACUAUAACAUACCGUUUGUAAUCAGACUGGUAAGAUCCAGAAAUCGCAUAGCCUUUAUCAAGGCACUAUCGGAUUCACACAGUUCCUUGAGACCACCCGGAAAAAUAACCUUUGUACUAAAAUCACUAUUUACAAGGGACUUUUUUUUAUUUCCACGAUAUAGCACUAUCUUUGAAGAUGUUUUAAAUUGCAGUCACGUACAGCCAGAAACAUUUGAGGCUGUGUUAGAGCUUAGCAAGGCCGCAAAGGAUAUUUACUUUGCAAUAGUACGGCUGAUUCAACGAUUGUUGGAUGAUUUGCAGAGGAAUGAUUCAACAUUCCAGGAUUUAGACAUGAAUCGCAUCAUAUACUCAAGAUCCACCAGUAAACUUUUGAGGAGUAUUUUUGAAAACAAGGUCCUGACGGUGAAUUCAAACUAUAUAAAACGCGAUAUUGAGAGUAUUGUAAAUUUGAAAUACCUGCUGGAUAAACUCCUUCACAUGGAUCCUGCAAGCUUUCACGCAUACGCAGAGCAACUGAGAUCCUCAGAUCCUGAAGCACCAUGGCUUUUUACUCCAGAUGGAAACCUCAUAUACAAACUUUCUACUGCAAGGCUCUUUACGUUAUCUUCUGAUACAGAGAGUGGAAUUGUGGUUGAUGUAGAACGUCACAAGAAGGCAGACUACUUGCGAGAGAUUUUACUUAAUGAACAUGUAUCUUGCGAGGAAGUGGGAACUUUGUUCAAAUCUGCGUUUUCCUGGGUGAAAAGUCCUCGUGUUUUUCACAACCAUUUGAGGAGCAUUAGAAAUGGGAUUUAUGCAAAUUUGAGUAUACACUCAAUUAGACGUACACUGGUACGGAAGGAAUACAAAAAUUUGCAUAGGUUAUGCAAAUUUUUGUCAGCUGGUAGAAGCUUAAAGAGGAGGGUUAUGAUUUUGGUAGAUAAUGCCUACAUGCAAGAAUAUCUGUACGCUCUCUUAGAGUCAAAUGUGAACAAUUUUGACGAGCAGAUGUUUCUCCGCUAUAUUUAUCAAAGAGCAGAAUGUUACAAAUUCACAAACAUGCAGACUGAUAAGGAGUUUACAUCCUUCACUAGUUAUCAUUACCAUCAGUGUGUAAAUAAAAGUCGAGAUGAAACAAAUAAGCUAAUUUACAACUAUGUAAGAUCACAAAUACAUCUUUUGAACAUGAAUGUCAUAAGGAACCCCUUCAUGUAUAUUAACGCUGUAGAUGAUCUCUCUUCGUCUGACGAACUAGGCGAAACAGAAACACCCAGAAAGGUGGAUAAUGAUAGCAAUGGUAUAAAGGGGUUUAUAAGGUUUCGCCAAAGCAAACACUUUGUAUCUAAUAUUUACGUAACGCACGUGUUGUCGUACAAUAAUCGUCCUGCGGCUCUCAAGGGAAUAUUACAGGAAAAACUAGACUCCAAAUCUGAGAGUGAAAUUCUCGCGAAAUGCCCUGUAACUGAUCUCAUAUAUCUUUUUCAGGAUAUAAAACCAACGCUUAUAAUCGUGUUUACUCCAAAUACUCAUAUAUUCCGGGUAAUUGAGCAGUACUGUGCGCUAAAUUUUUAUGCAAAGAAACGCAAUUAUUUGAGGGUGCAUGUGUUGUCCUAUAAGGACUGUCUGGAGACUCAUCGAUUUAAAAAGGAUCUAAAGACUGAGCUUGAAAGUUGGGGACAGUUGCAAAAGGAAAAGGAAACAUCAGUAGUACAGCUUGAUGAAUCUGUCUUGACAAGGGGUAUUUCAGUUGUAAACGGGCAAGCACUCAUUGAUAUGAGAGAACUCCGCAGUAAGCUUCCGUUUCACCUCUAUUCAAAUGGAAUUCAAUUGUUUCCAAUUUGCCUGGACAUUGGUGACUAUGUGCUAACUCCAGACAUUUGCGUAGAACGCAAGAAACUGGAAGACCUUAUAAUGUCAUUUAACAAUGGAAGGCUUGCAAAACAGGUUGGAGAAAUGUGUAGUGCAUACGAGUUUCCCUUUCUCCUGAUCGAAUUUGAGAAUUCCGAAACAUUUCACUUUCCAUCCUUUACCACCGAAAAUAAGUCUGGGCUAAACUUUUUGUAUACCAAACUAAUAAUCUUAUGCUGUAAUUUUCCAAAGCUGAGACUUAUUUGGGGAGCAUCUCCUGGCGACUCUGCCAACGUUUUCAUAGCCCUAAAGAAGGGAAGAGGUGAACCAGAUGCGAUCUCUAAUAAUAUCCAGAUCAAAGAUGCUAGAAAAAGUAUAGCUGACAAGCCAAAUGAGGAGGAGUCCGCAACGUUUGAUACAGAGUCCCCGGUGGUUUUAAGGAGGCCAGAACACGUUAAAAACAGGGACGCUUUAAAGAUAUUGCGUAAAAUUCCCGGGGUGACCACACAUAAUAUAUCACUGAUUCUCGGAAAGGUAAAUUCCCUACUACACUUGAGUGAACUUUCUAUGAAAGAACUUUCAUCAUUUUUGCCACAGUCGGAUGCAAAAUCGAUAUACGAGUUUUUUAAUGAGCCAAUUACCGACUAUUAA